UUGUCAGCCCACCGAACUCGUUCAUGAACCGGUACGUGUCACUGAGUGAAGAUAUCCGAGUUGAAUCGUUGACGGCAAGAAAGACCAAGAACAAGAAGAAGCCCGAAAACAAAGUGGUAUCUGAUUCCCUGUCGCGUUUUGUUGUUCCCUAGUUCCGACGUUGAUUCGAUUCUCCGUCGAAUACUUCUGUCCCUCUCCAACCCUUUCGUAUAUCUGCUCCUCUUUCCCCCCUUUCUCUUCUUACCAUUUUUGUUUCUCUUGGAAUCGAAACAUCUUUUUCAACUAUAUCGGCUUAAUUUGUCCGCCAGCAGAGUGAAUUGUUACUCUUUCACAUCUUUUUCCACGAGGCGUAGUAUUCCUGUCUCUUUACGCGCGUAAAGGAACUUGUGAAAAGCGAAAUACUUGUCCAGUUUUCUGGAGAUUGAAUGGCUGUUGUGGCUGAUGUUGCAUAGAUGGAGAGGAAAUUUCUUCUUCGAGAUAUAAACAUUCAUUAUAUCUUUGCUGGGGAUUGAUGCUAAGUUCUUCAAUGGUAAACGUCAAAACCUCCCAUCAUCCAAUCAUAUCAUAUAGACCUAUACGACCUUCUGAUUUAGAAGUUCUUGAGAAACUUCAUGGUGAUCUGUUCCCUAUCAGGUAUGAAUCUGAGUUUUUCCAGAAUGUUGUAAAUGGCCGUGACAUUGUAUCUUGGGGAGCUGUUGAUUGCAAUAGGCCUAAUGGUCAGAGUGAUGAACUUAUUGGAUUUGUUACUGCACGAACUAUCAGGGCAAAAGAAAGUGAGGUAGAGGAUUUGAUCAGGUUUGACCCAUCAAUGCCCGACCAGACACUAGUUUACAUCUUGACACUGGGAGUUUUAGAACCUUAUAGAAAACUUGGAAUAGCCAGUUCUCUAAUCCGUGAGGUCAUAAAAUACGCCUCAAGCAUCCCGACUUGCCAAGCAGUUUAUCUACACGUGAUCUCCUACAACAAUCCAGCUAUCUAUUUGUACCAGAAAAUGUCAUUUCAGUGUGUACGGAGACUGCAUUCUUUUUAUCUGAUCAAUGGCCAGCAUUAUGAUGCAUACUUGUUUAUAUACUAUGUGAACCGUGGCCGUUCUCCUUGCUCACCCAUAGAGAUUCUUACUCUUUUGGUUACUUAUGCAAAGAGUGGAUUCAAGUCGAUGACUGCAAAACUAUGGAAACAUGAAGAAAGAAAGACUUCCAAGUGGCCCAAAAGUAAGGAAUCGGGUUGCCUUCUCCCUACAACACAGAACAAGAGGACACACAACUGAAACUUGAAACUACACGAAGUUGAUUGGUUUAGGCUUAUGCAUACAUCUUCGGGCGAUUGUGUGAGAAACAGAUCAAAAAGUGAAAAAACAAUACCGUCCUCUGUUAUUAUUAUUAGGCUUAAUCUUGAUCAAGCUUGAAGGAGGAAAGGAAAUGUUGUCAUGCUUCAUACCUCUAACAGAGGCCUAUAUGUGUCUUGCAGAGAUAUUACCUGAUAUAUAUAUAAAUAUACGGAUAGAUGUGAAUCUUAUUAAAAUUGCAUGUACAUUCUGUUUUAUAGAUGUGAAUCUUAUUAAAAUUGCAUGUA